AAGAGUUCUUCCCUCAUCAGUCGUUGAUCGACAAUGUCUCGGUUUAGUAACUCCUUCUGCAUCCUCUUUUUAACGAUCCAAUGGCUGGAUUUUUGCCUGCCAGCUGCUAUUGGAAAUAAUCCCCUGGAUAUAACCGAUCAGCUUGUGAAUUUCAGGGUGACACUAGACCAGGAAUCGAAUUAUUUGCUGCCCGAACUUGAGCUGCAAUUGCUGCAGGCACAACAACAAGAAGAUGAUCUGCGAGUAGUGCGCAUGCAAUUAAUGCAGUUAAACUUACUGAAGUUGCUUAUUGCCUUGGACUGCUUUAUCUUGCUGUGCAUUUAUUUGUAUGCCAGAGAAGGCAAAAAAUACCAUCCAGUGCAGAACGUAUGAUAGAUCAUGAAAU